AGGGAAUGAGCGAGGUCGCUUGCUCUGGGAGCCUGUAGGAUUUGAUCCCCCAAGACCAGCCUUCUUCCCUCGCUCCUGUCUGGCCGCGCAGAGCCGGAGACAAAAGCUGCAGCGACCCGCGCUCACUUUCGUUUUCCGCCUUCGCUCGGCCGGGCCGUGGCCCGCCGGCCAGCCCGCUAGCUGCUGCCGGGAGAGUCCGAACAGUCCCGGGCGCUGCGCAGUCCUUCCCGGGGCGGGGAGAGCGGGGAGGCGGGCCCUCGCGGGAACCCACGCCCGCCGGCCUCGGGGACCGCCGAGCCCACUGCGCCGGGAUGGCCACGAUCCGGAGGCCGCCGCCGACGCCGCCGUGGGGACCUGCCCCGGGUCUGUACCUGGCGGGGAGGGCCCGGGCCCCGGGGCGCGUGUCCCUGGGAGGCGCCGCCCGGGCAGGGGAGGCGGGGGGCGGGCGCGCGGCGGGGCUGCCCCGCGGGCGGAGAGCGCAGUAACCCUCGCUCGCCAGGUCGGUGGAGGCGGGGCGGGUCCUGCCGGCGGCCGCUGGGCGGCGAGGGUGGGGGCCCUGUGAGCGCCCACCUACGUGGGGGCCGGAGCGAGCGGGGCGGGGAGGAGACGCCCGGCAAAGGGUCUUACACGGCCCCGGAGGCGCUGCCGGGAGGAGGUCCGGGGAGGACGGCCUCCCUCCGCUGGAGCCGCGGAGCCGCGCGCUGCGGGCGGCGGGGACCCAGCGCCGCUCCCCGCGGGGGCGCACGGAGUCGGUGCCUCCACUAAAACACCGGUGUGUGUGUGUGUGUGUGUGUGUGUGUGUGUGUGUGUGGUGAGGGGGGGGUCCCGCAGCCUCCGCCCCUGCUGCCAAGAGGCUGCCCUCAGCCUCCGUUGGGCUCCUUCCCUUGUGGGAGGGCAAGAGGGAAAGAGGGAGGAGAUAGAGGUGGGGGAGGAGGGACUGGACAGAGAGGGGGUUCUGCGCCAACCACCGGCCGCUCCAGCAGCUCCUCGGGGAGGACGAGCCGGCGGGCGGGCGGGCGGGGGAGGGCGCGCCGGGCUCGCUCGGGAGCAGUGGCCGAUGACGGCAGAGGUGCAGCCAGCCCCGCGCGCGCAGCCCCCUCCCCCUCGCCCUGCCCCCCCUCCUCCUCUUCCUCCUCCUCCUCCUCCUCCUCCCCGCUGGCCGGCGGCGCAGAGCAGCGGCGGCAGCGGCGGCGGCGGCAGCAGCCACCCGAUGUCUUCGGCGCCCGAGAAGCAGCAGCCACCGCACGGCGGCGGCGGCGGCGGCGGCGGCGGCGGCGUUGGCGGCGGCGGCGGCGGAGGAGGCGGCGGCGCGGCCAUGGACCCCGCGUCGUCCGGCCCGUCCAAGGCCAAGAAGACCAACGCCGGCAUCCGGCGCCCGGAGAAGCCGCCCUACUCCUACAUCGCGCUCAUCGUCAUGGCCAUCCAGAGCUCGCCCACCAAGCGCCUGACGCUCAGCGAGAUCUACCAGUUCCUGCAGAGCCGCUUCCCCUUCUUCCGCGGCUCCUACCAGGGCUGGAAGAACUCCGUGCGCCACAACCUCUCGCUCAACGAGUGCUUCAUCAAGUUGCCCAAGGGCCUGGGCCGGCCGGGCAAGGGCCACUACUGGACCAUCGACCCGGCCAGCGAGUUCAUGUUCGAGGAGGGCUCCUUUCGGCGGCGGCCCCGCGGCUUCCGAAGGAAAUGCCAGGCGCUCAAGCCCAUGUACAGCAUGAUGAACGGGCUGGGCUUCAACCACCUCCCGGACACCUACGGCUUCCAGAGCUCGGCCGGCGGCCUCUCGUGCCCGCCCAACAGCCUGGCGCUCGAGGGCGGCCUGGGCAUGAUGAACGGGCACUUGCCGGGCAACGUGGACGGCAUGGCUCUGCCCGGCCACUCGGUGCCCCACCUGCCCGCCAAUGGCGGCCACUCAUACAUGGGCAGCUGCGGCGGUGGGGCGGCCGGCGAGUACCCUCACCACGACGGCUCGGUGCCCGCUUCCCCGCUGCUGCCCGCCGCCGCCGGCGGGGUCAUGGAGCCGCACGCCGUCUACUCGGGCUCCGCGGCUGCCUGGCCGCCCUCGGCCUCCGCUGCGCUCAACAGCGGCGCCUCCUACAUCAAGCAGCAGCCCCUGUCCCCCUGCAAUCCCGCAGCGAACCCCCUGUCCGGCAGCCUCUCCACACACUCCCUGGACCAGCCCUAUCUGCACCAGAACAGCCACAAUGCCCCAGCGGAGCUGCAAGGCAUCCCCCGGUAUCACUCGCAGUCGCCCAGCAUGUGUGACCGAAAGGAGUUUGUCUUCUCUUUCAACACCAUGGCGUCCUCCUCCAUGCACUCUGCGGGUGGCGGCUCCUACUACCACCAGCAGGUCACCUACCAAGACAUCAAGCCCUGCGUGAUGUGAGCCGGGAGCCUGCGGGUCCUUCUGCGCGGCCAUCGCCGCCGGAGCCCCGGACCCAUCCCUAGAAACUGCUUCAUUUCUCGAGGUAUAACCAUCGGCAGAAGAAAAAAAGGGUUUGACCCCCUCCUCAACCGGAUUAUUGCAAAAGGCACCCCCAGGGCAAAGAAGCGGCAUAGAGGUCGGCACCUCCUCUCCUGUUCCCUCAAAAUAUUUUAAAAACGAACGGUAGUGGCGUCCAGGCCUCAUCUGACUGCAGCUGUUGGUAAAUAAAUGUCUUCUUUUCGAUCCGAUUAAAACCGGCUGAGAAGGUGCUGUGUUGGGGGAAAACCCUCAACAUCUAAACAAAAAUUCUGCUGAGGUCUCUCCCCCACCCUUAACCCUUUAAUGGAAAAAGUCAAGGGGGGAGAUUUUUUUUUAGAAGAAAGACAAACGUAGGAGACCGUCAUUAUCAAAUGCUUUUAUUUGGGGGGCGGGCUGAGUAUUUAUCGUUGUUAUUUUUAACUUUCCUUGGGAAGAAUGUCUUGGAAUGCGCAAGUCGCGUGGUAGAGCCGAGCCGCGUUUUGCAGAGAAGGGGGGGGGGCGAGAGGCCGAGCUCUCCUCCCCACCUCGGAAGCUCUGCAGCCGCAGGUGGAUCUCUGUGCAUAGGACUUGUGUGUUUCUGAAGCCACUGUUCGUUUGUUGUUGUUUUUU